GAGGAGGUCCGCCUUCUCCCUUUAUUUGUGCAGCGUCUCGAAGCUCCCUUUCGAUACCUCUGUCUAUCUCAUGGCGGAUCAGCUCCUCUCCACCGUAACUUACCACGAGACCCUUCCGGAGAACUACGUAAGGCCAGAGUCUCAAAGACCUCGUCUCACACAGGUCAUCAGCGACGCAAACAUCCCCAUCAUCGAUCUCGGUUCACCGGAUAAGUCCCGAAUCAUCUCCCAGAUAGGGAAAGCCUGCCAAUCCUAUGGCUUCUUCCAGGUUGUGAACCAUGGAAUCGAUACUGAAUUGAUGGUGAAGAUGAUGGCUAUUAGUCUGGAAUUCUUCCGUCUACCUCCCGAGGAGAAGGCGAAGCUCUACUCCGAUGACCCGGCCAAGAAAAUGAGGCUCUCCACGAGCUUUAAUGUCAGAAAGGAGGCGGUACACAACUGGAGGGACUACCUCCGGCUUCACUGCUAUCCUCUGGAGGAAUACGUUCCCGGCUGGCCUUCUAAUCCCUCUUCAUUCAAGGAAGUGGUGAGCACCUACUGUAAGGAAGUUCGUCGACUGGGAUUUCGGCUCCUUGGAGCAUUAUCAUUGAGCUUAGGUUUGGAGGAGGAGUACAUCGAACGGGUGCUGGGACAGCAGGAGCAGCAUAUGGCCAUCAACUACUACCCAAGGUGCCCGGAACCGGAGCUCACAUAUGGCCUGCCCGCACACACUGAUCCAAAUGCCCUCACCAUUCUUCUCCAGCAGCCCAACGUGGCUGGCUUGCAGGUUCUCAAGGACGGCAAAUGGAUCGCAGUGGAACCCAGACCGAAUGCGUUUGUGAUCAACAUCGGUGACCAACUACAGGCAUUAAGCAACGCCAGAUUCAAGAGCGUUUGGCACCGAGCUGUAGUCAACUCGGACACCGAAAGGAUGUCUGUGGCGUCCUUCCUCUGUCCAUGCAACACCGCGAUCAUUAGCCCUCCGGAGAAGCUCCUUGCCGAGGGAUCACCAGCGGUCUACAGGAGCUACACAUACGACGAGUACUACAACAAGUUUUGGAGCAGAAACCUGGAUGACGAACAUUGCUUGGAGCUUUUCAAAGGGGAGAAGAGCCAAUCAGGUGGACUGAGCGGCCCCUGCAAAAGCUCGACAUGAUGUGACAUCACACGGACAGUGCUUCUUCGUGAUGCUGGUUGAUUCCGUUCAUCAUGUGGAGCACAAAUUAUUUGCGGAGACUCUCGUGUUGUCCACGAUCGACAGUGAGGAGAGUUCGGUGGUCUGCCCUCUUAUUGAUUUAUUUAUUCCUGCUUUGCCAUGUUACCUUUCGCUACCAAAGCACUCGACUUGUCUGCACCAUGGAGUUCGGAGCUGGCCCGCCGUCUCCAUUUCUUAAAAUUGGCUCUGUAAUCCAGUAACUGCUUGUAUCAUUGUUUUGUUCUCUCUUCGACUAGUUCAACUUUUCCGUCGAA